AUAGCCAAACAGCUAUUUAUUGCUGGGGUGACACUGUUUGGUUUUUCGUUUUUUGUCUGCGGAAAUAAAUAAACGAAUUUCGGUUUAAAAUGAGAGGAAACUAAAAGAUUUGUGAAUUAAAUUAAGUGCAAUAAGGGGAAACCUGCAAGUGGAAUAAAAGGCAUUGAAAUAAUUAUUUGUCCUUAAGAGAAAUUUGGAUUGGUAACAGGAGACAACAGCUGUCGGUCUACUGGCUGGCGAAAGGUGAACUGAGGUCAUUGUAUUGUUGGGGAUUACGUGUGCGUAUAUCCGCCGCCCAUCUGCUACCCCCCCCCCUCCACCAUCCACAUCUGCUCAAGUGCUCGGGAAGCUGCCAAAAAAAUAAAAGAAAAACAUCGCCUCUCGGCAUAAUCAAUUAAAAUGACUAGAAAUCUACCGCUUCUGCCGUUUGCGCUUUGUGCGGUAGCCUUUUUGGCCGCCGUGGGACCAAUGCCUGCCAUCGGGGCAGUGGCCAACCACAAGCACGAUAAGCACACUAGCAAGGAGCGGGUCAAGGACGGGGUUUACGCCCCCCGGGAUGCCCACCAUCACGGCGAGGAUGGGGAGCACAACGUGGAGUUCGAUCACGAAGCCAUCAUCGGCAAUACAAAAGAGGCUCAGGAAUUCGACACACUUACACCAGAGGAAUCGAAGAGACGUCUGCUAAUACUGGUCAAGAUGAUGGAUCUAAAUAAGGAUGAAUUUAUUGACCGGCAUGAGUUGAAAGCCUGGAUAUUAAGGUCUUUUAAAAAACUAUCCGAAGAGGAAGCCGCUGAUAGAUUUGAAGAAAUUGAUCAGGAUGCUGACGAGAAAAUUACAUGGAGGGAAUAUCUUCAGGAUACCUACGCCAUGGAGGAUGAGGACUUUAAAAAGGAGACCAUUGACUUUGACAGCUACGAGGAAGAGCAGAAGAUGAUUAAACAGGACAAAGAGAUGUUCAAUGCGGCAGACGCGAAUAAAGAUGACGUGCUGACGCUAGAGGAAUUUAUUUACUUCCAAAAUCCUGAAGAACAUCCACAAAUGCUGCCCAUUCUGUUGGAGCACACAAUGCAGGACAAGGACUUGGAUCAUAAUGGCAAGAUCAACUUCCAGGAGUUUGUUGGCGACUCAGCCUCGCAUCACGACAAGGAGUGGCUGAUCACGGAGAAGGAGCGAUUUGACAAGGAUCACGACACCAAUGGCGAUGGCGUGCUCACGGGCGAUGAGGUUUUAUCCUGGAUUGUGCCUAGUAAUACGGCGAUCGCCAACGACGAGGUGGAUCACCUGUUUGUUUCCACCGAUGAGGAUCACGACGAUCGACUGUCAUACCUGGAGAUACUCAACAACUACGAUACCUUUGUGGGCAGCGAAGCAACCGAUUACGGGGACCACUUACAAAACAUUAACCAUCUCUCCGACGAGCUGUAGAUUCCAACCAAAGCUCUAUCCUGCUAUAAUGAACCUGUGCUUAGUAUUGUAUUUCAUUUAAAUAGUUAGUAAAUUUAUGUUUUAUUCAUGUAAAUUCAAGUGACAACUGUAAAUCAAUAUCGCUUAAUUGUUUUGAGCGCUUCUUACGAAUUUCAUUUUACAUGUGUUCUGUCUGGUUUGUCAUGUACCAAUCAAUUAUGUGUAGUAAUUUAUAUAGAGACAAAAAAUCUACAAAAAUCAUAAUAAACAAUUUUUACUAAAUUA